CAAUUGCCGAACGAUUCUAACGACUAGAGUCAUGGAAGAUUUAAAUUGACUCGCCACUUGCAAAUUUCGUGGCAAUCGUGCUAGAAUACAAUUCCACUUCCCACACUGGCUGUGUGUGAUCCGCAUUAAGCAAUCCGAAAUCAUUUGUCACAGCAAGCGCACAGCGAGUCGGAAGGUUUCGUUUAGAUUCAUGUGACCAAUCUUGAAGAAAUUCAGGUUGUCAUGACAAGACGGCAUCCUUGUCUUGGGGUCUGACUGAAUAUUUGCAUGUGAGGAUAGACCUGGAUGCAUCCAAUUCGACAUUUGCGAAGCUGAUUCCAACGGUUGGAAUUCUACGUUUUGGCCAAAUUUGAUUGAAAUGGUUAGGGACAAGAAUUGAAACAGGAAUUGAAACAGGAAUUGGUGUAAGCCCGAAAGUGGGUCAAGUGCAUCAUAUUUAUCCCCAGUUGCGAUGCGGGUUACAAGAUUGUUGGCUUGACGGUAGACUACUGAUUUGCGUUCUGUUACACAAAAUUGGGACACGCGUUUCUUCGCAUGACGUCUGAAGAUCUUUAGGGCAUACGUCGAACAUUUUGUAAACCAACCCCAUCAUCUGCUUUACAGGCCUGCAAGAUGCGAAGACCCUAUACGUCAAACUUGUCAGAGACAGUGGUUGUCAAUUACAAGCGGAACACUUGAUUCAACGUAAAUUUAGUAUACCUAAGCUGUCUUCAUCCACCGUUGCUCAUUCAGGUUUUGCAUUUACGAAGUUAUUGAGGAAGAAUACGCGUCCAGAGGUGGGUGAUGCCUGCAGCGUUGUUGUUGGUGACACAUGGGAAAAGGCUUUGUGCUGUAGAACUUCGGUGUGGUCGGCAAGGUACUCGGCGAUAGCUGUGUUGGAGGUGGAGCCGCAAAUGAACCUGUGAUGCCGCUAGCUGGUGUUCAGUUUCGAUUCGGCUGGCCUAGUUUCAGUCAGAAUCUCUCUUGGAAGCGUGUUUCGUGGCACUGGAGCUCCCGAAAUAGCAUUAUCAUAUGUUCAUUGUUGAGUACUGGGUUUUGAUUAACGUGAAUGUUCGGAUGGGCCUGUUCCAACCUUCAGAUAUGUGCUCCGUGGACACCGAGAAGAAUCUUCAAUGCGGGUUUUAGUACAAGAAUCAAGAACGCCACUAGAACAUGUUGGCGCGUUGGAGCUUGACCUUACGCGAUCACUGGGAAAACAUUCGGUGUGCGUACAUUGGCUUGUAGGUUACGGUAUUUAUUGUGGCGAUCUGCGCCGUGCGGGAUGUCAAGACCUUAAUAAAUUCAUGUUAGUUAGGAUUGUCCCUGUUCGUUACAGGGAGACACGGAGGGAUUUAAUUGGUGAAAUACCAUCUGCGCAAUGUACAACCCUGUAGUGGCUGCAUUCGUAUUGGUAUGCUUUGAAUGCUUUCGAGCUAAAUCCAGGGACGAUGAAUUUGACAAUCGGGAGGGACCUAAUCAAUUCAAGAAUGUCUCUGACGAUGGUUCUACACCGUCUAAUGCCACGUCUCUGCCUUCCAGUGGCAACGGAAUCCAACUGUUUAGAGCCGUGAAUGACGAGGAAUCGAUGACUGCCGGAUCUGAGAGGUUCACAAUGGCUGACAUUCUUCACGCAACCUCAAACUGGUCUCCGUCGAACAAAAUUGGUCAAGGGGGCUUUGGAUUGGUGUUUAAAGGCCGAUUACGAGAUGGCAGGAUGGUGGCUAUCAAGCGCGGCAGGAAGGAUGCAUUCGAGCAUCGGCUGUUAACCGAGUUCCGGACUGAAAUUGAGAUGUUGUCUCAGGUGGAUCAUCUGAACCUUGUGAAAUUGCUGGGCUAUUUGGAGGAAGGAUCUGAACGUAUCCUAGUCGUAGAGUUCGUACCGAACGGAAACCUCGGUGAACAUAUACAAGGCACCUACGGGAAACCGCUCCCCAUGAGUACUCGAUUAGACAUUGCGAUCGAUAUUGCACACGCAUUGACCUAUCUUCAUCUUUAUGCCGAUCGGCCAAUCAUACACAGGGAUAUCAAGUCGUCUAACAUUCUCCUCACAGAGAAUUAUCGGGCGAAGGUUGCUGAUUUUGGAUUCUCCCGCGUAGGACCUGCCACCGAUGCUGGGGCCACCCAUGUGUCAACUCAAGUGAAAGGCACUGCAGGUUAUUUGGAUCCGGAAUACCUCAACUCAUAUCAACUUCAUACAAAGAGUGAUGUUUAUUCUUUCGGCAUUCUGCUAGUGGAGAUUUUCACUGGAAGGCGACCUAUUGAAGUGAAGAGAGCCAAGGAAGAGCGUAUCACUACCAGGUGGGUUUAUCAGAAAUUUGAAGAAGGGAAAGUGAUCGAGAUCCUUGAUCCUCAAAUUGAGAGAACGCCAGCUGUAAUGAGCGUUGUGGAUCGUUUAGUUAAUCUCGCGUUGACUUGCUCGGCUCAGACGAAAGCACAGCGGCCCAACAUGAAGGAAGUGACUGAGGUUCUCUGGGACAUUCGAAAAGACUUUAGUGUGGCACAUCAACGAGAUUUAAGAGUUAGGGUGGAUAGGUUUGACAAUAAGUCCAAUGAACGCGCUCAAGCGAAUCGGCUGAUGCAUCCAGAUACGAACCGACGUCGAUUUAGGAAAUGAGCAAGGGGCUUCUGAGAAUAGGUUCUGUUACAUAAUAAUCUCAAUAAUGCACAAAUCAGACGUCCAAUCUGCUCCUCAGGUGCCCUUUAUUCUCAGGAGGAAGUGAACAUUCCGUCUAACCAACAUGAUCUGAAGUAACUCUCAUCGUCAUCAAAUCUGCAUUUCUGGCGGGCAGAUUGACGAGCUGCAGUUAAAAACAUGCGAGAGACCAAUCCGACCUGUAAACGCUCAGUCUACGCUGUGACACGACGGUGGGAUGACCUAAUGAGGGUUUACUUGACAGAACACUAACUUAGCGGAAAUCAUGAGGUAUAUGUUCCAGUUGCUGUAACAUCAUUCAGAAUUGUGAUGCUGAUUGUUUAGAAGGAGAUUGUAGUACACAUAGUGACCACGAGCAGUAAUGGCACAGAGAGUGUCAGGACUUCUCCAUGCAAUAAGAUGUCUUGUUCAUUCGUGUAGACAAUAGCAUGAUUUCCUUAGUUGGAUGGAGUGAAGUGCUUCGCCUUGGCAUGUCAACUUGUGAACUACAUUGUUUUGUACUUGGUAUCAUCGUGCUACACAUGAAUCCGAACUGUAAAUAUCGCUUGUGACAAA